UGGCCUCUUCCAUCAUGUCAGCCAAGAGGGCAGAACUGAAGAAAGCAAGCCUGAACAAGAACUACAAGACAGUUUGCCUGGAUUGUAAGGCAGAGCCAGUCAAAACAUGUGACUACAGAGGCGCGAAGCAAGAGGGACCGUCUACCAAGUCUGGAGGGGCACAGGAGCUGAAGAAUGAACUCAGGGAGGUGAGGGAAGAACUCAAGGAAAAAAUGGAGGAGAUAAAGCAGAUAAAAGACGUAAUGGACAAGGAUUUUGAUAAGCUCAAGGAAUUCGUGGAAAUUAUGAAGGACAUGCAGAAGGAUAUGGAUGAGAAGAUGGAUGUCCUAAUAAAUAUACAGAAACACAAGUUUCCCCUUAGAAAAGGACCAAAGGAACACCAGGAACUCAGGCUGAUGGAAAACGCUGAGUCCGACCCAUCAUGCAGGCACGAUAAAGUGUGUGGAAUUAACGGGACGUCAGCUGGUCGUCACCGGAGGGUCAUGUCACCACACAAAAUCAAACAGGACUCAGUAGAACCCAUUCAUUGUAAGACCUGUCAAGGCCUGAUUAGGGGCCCAUCAGGCCGACCCUGUUGGACCAGGGAGAAAUGAUCUUUCUUGGACCACUUCAUCCUCUGCAGGAAAAAGAAACAUCUCCACCAGGCCUGGCCACCUCUCUCACCACUUGACACCUGGAGCUGCCUUCUGAUUCAGCUGUACUUCAACCCCAGAGCAACUGAGGACAUUCUCCCCCAACUCCCCCCCUACCUGUGCACUGUCGUAAAACCUGGCUGGCUGCAGCUCCUCCCCACUCCUUGAGCUGCUCAGGAAGGGCUUGUUGGCUCUCAAAUAUCAGCCCACC